AUGGCCAGGUGGACCCAACUCCUCGUGUUGGCCGUCGUCGUGUCUGCUGGCAGUGGUGCCCGUCUGGCUCCGGUGACCGAAAAGCUGGAUGACGUGACAUCCCCGGACCUGAGGUACGACGCGCUGUCCGGAAUGACGGACAAGCAGUUUUCUCUUCGAGCGGAUGGUGUCCGUCGUCGAAUUGCCGGAGAAGAAAGAGGUGCGUCGGAGAUUGGGACGAAACUGGAGGAAAGUCUCGCCGGACUGAAGUCCAAGCUGUCCAUGCAAGCGAUGAAAGACUUCCACGGGAAAGGGACAGUCAAGCUGCAGAAGUGGUAUAAAGCAGUUAGACCCAAAGUUGAGGCGGUCAUUGAGUCUCUCAUCGCCAAGGUGCAGGAUAAGCUGUAUGACUUACAAGCUUGGCAUACCAAAAGACGAUUGGACAAAGGGGCAACGGUCGAGGAGCUAGCCGAAUUAGGCCUACAACCCGUCGUAGUUCAACGAGCGCUUGGCAUACCAUCUGUGCGCUAUCCCACGGCUUACACCAGUGAGGAGAUGGAGCAGAAUCUAAAAACCUACUUCAGCUACGUCGAGGUGUACUACCGAGGUACUGCCAAGGCUACCGCGAAGGAGGACGAGCUUGAUGAGGUAGUUGCGCUUGUUAAGGAUAGCCUGGCGCAAGGGAUGACAUUCGAGGCACUUCUCCGCUGGGGCCCAAAGCCUUUUAUCGUUAAGCGAGCGCUAGACAUCACAGACACACGAUACCCUGGAAUUAUCGUCGGUGGGAGGCUCUCAAAGGAGUCUAGAUUCUACGAGACAUACAAAAGUCUGUACGAGCAAGGAAUUGUAGACUUGCAUCCAGGCUUUCCAUCACCCACAUUGUAG